AUGUCAAAAGUUUGGAAGUGUGAAAGCUGGUUACAGUUCUCAGAAGUUGGCUUAAACAAGUUUCUUAUAGAGUUCCACAAAGAACUGGACAUGAUACGAGUGAUUAAUGGCAGGCCAUGGUCCCUUGACAGAUGGCUAAUUUGCCUUCAGGUUUUUGAUGGUUCCAUGUCCAUCAAUGAAGUGCCUUUCAACAAAGAAGAGUUUUGGAUCCAAGCUUUCAACCUGCCUUUUGAUUUUAUGAACCAAGACUUUGGCUACCAACUUGGAAGUAGUAUUGGAAGGGUACUUAAAGUCCAUGCAGAUAAUAGAGGUAUAGGGUGGGGGAGAUUCCUAAGGCUCAGAGUAGAAGUAGACAUUACCAAACCUCUCCUCAGAGGCCUGUUUCUCACAGUAGAAAGCAAAAAGAUGUGGGUACCUUUCAAAUAUGAAAGGCUGCCCUCCCUAUGCUUCAAGUGUGGAGUGAUCAAACACUCCCAGGCCUCAUGCACCAGUACUGGACAGAAUGGGGGUGGCCAGCUCCAAUAUGGGACCUGGUUGAGAGCAACUGCAGUAAAGGAGAGUGAACUGCAAUUCAAACGAUAUGGUGAAGGAGACAAACCAGAUGGACAACCUGGAGCUCAGCCAUGGAGGGAGGGAGGGAAGGACAGGGAUGAUGAUAUGAACUAUCCCAAUUCAUCUUAA